AUUGGUCCUGGAUUGACCUUAGAAGCCAAAAUUGAGCCAUCCCAAUCCCUGUCUGUAUAUAUCUUUGUCCCUGCCUUACAGGCUUACAGUUGGUCAGAGCCCGGAAUAAAGAAAGUCUAUCACGAACUUAAUGGGUGCCUGCAUGGCCUUCCACUUUAUCUCACCAACACCUACAUCUUCACGCCAUCGGUCGAGCCUUACUCAAGGCUGGACAUAUUUGAGCCAUGCAACAGCAACCCUUUUACGAAGAGAAGAUCCCCCUCGCUAUCUCUCAACUUCGAACUGAUAAGCAAGUCUCCUGUUCUGAGCAAGCACUUUGACGGUGGCCAAUGCCGAGUCCGAAGUUCGCAUUCUCGAAGAGCUGGAAACCAAAGGAUUCCCCGUGGGCUGCAAAGCUCCAGGGCAGCAGUCUCACAUUCGAGAAUACCGUUGGAUAUCCCUUUCUCGCAUUAACGUGGAUUUCUGGUAGUCCGCUUCUGUGGUCUGACGACUUCCCUACACGGCCACUUCGAGACAAAGUUCUGAACCAAGUCGCGGUGAUACAUGCAUCGCUGAUUGAAUGCACCAAGGCGACUGGUAGGGUCACUGCCACCGACCAUUUUACGAGAAUAAUCAACAACAAAUUCCGCCGGGUCCGCGAUGGCCUUCUUCCAGAGACCACAGAACAGGACUGUUUCGAUCAACUGAACAAUCUCUCCAACAGGCGGCCUGUUUCCCUCGAUUCCUCCGCCUCCAGCAGCUUCUUCCCCUGCCACCGAGUUUCGUCGUCCAGAAAGAUCGAGAGACUUACACCGCAUCACUUCGGCCCCAAACAUCACAAGAGGUGGCGUGGAUGGUCCGGGUUUUAUCUUCAGAGGAUGCUGACUUUGAUGCUUGCUUUCUGGAGUCAAGCACCAGCAAAGGGAUGCAUCAAUGGCUCGCGCGUAACAGGUGGAGGCUUCCGUCCUGUGGAAACACCAGCAAUAGCGAGUGAAAAAAAUAAUAAUAAUAAAUUACAGAUAUUAGUCUGGCCAUAGUAUAAUAAUACAGUACUAGCUUUGUUGCCCUGGAAAUAAUAAGAGGAGAGGCUAUACAUUCCUAGGUACGGAGUAUAGUUAUACUAACCAGAGCAAUGAGGAGAGGAAUUUCUACCCCAAUUCCCUGUGAGGGGAAACUACGAACAGAACAGCCUCAGGCCACCUAGAAGAAGUACACCGAAAGCGGGUCUGGAUAUGGUGCGAUCG